GUUCUGUAAUGAAGAAAUCUCGAGAAAGUGGUUUCUUGUUCUGUGGUUUGUGUGGCAAUAUGGUGGUCUUGAAAUCAACCAAGUGUGCAGAAUGUCCACUUUGCAAAACAACGAGAAAUGCUAAAGAUAUCAUUGACAAGAACAUAGCUUACACAGUUUCUGUUGAGGAUAUCAGAAGAGAAUUAGGAAUAUCUCUGUUUGGUGAAAAGGCGCAGGAAGACGUAGAGCUGCUACAGGUUUGUAAUAAGAUAACAGUUCUCACACGUUUUUUUUUCUCAAUACAUGGCUUGUGAUGUUGAUGGAUGAUUCGUCUCUUUGCAGAUCAAAAAGGCGUGAGAGAAAUGCCAGCACCCAGAGCUUGUAUACACAACCAGACAGGUAUAAGUUUUAGAUUCUUUGUUUCAAGUUCUUGUCUUCUUUAAUUCAACUUCAACGACAAUUUAAGUGAAGCUUUUGGUUCAUUUCUGCUAU